CCGUCAGUGAAAUUACGAUCAAAUUCCGGCAAGUGAUUGCAUUCCGCCGGCCAAAACACUGUAAGUUCUUCUUAUUUUUACCUUUCUUGUUGUAACAUCAUCUUCAUAAGACUUUGAAAACCCUAACCCUAACAUAUGUGGUUCGUCGUCUCUUAAUCUCUCACUCUAAUUACUUUUGCAUAUGUCACGAUGAAUCUUAUUCGUCUUCUUGCAAAUUUUGAUGUUAAUUUAUGGGUUUUGAAUAAAUUAUAUUCACUGGAAUUUGGACCUAUCGAGAGAGUUGGUUGCAAGCUAUGUGUCCCUAUUAACUUCGCAUCUGAAAACUUUGCGUUUUUUUUAGCAGAAUAGUUUCUACAAAAGAAAUCAACACAUGGUUGGUAGAGGGAAAUCAAAACAGGCUCGUGUCAACGAGUUGAGUAGUAGGUUGAAGGAAGAUAGAAUAAGCCAGUUACCUGAUCAUUUGAUAUUAUAUCACAUACUUGAUCAUCUUCCCAUAAAGGACUUAGUUACCACAAGCGUUUUAUCCACCAGAUGGAGAAGUCUCUGGCUUUCGGUUCCUUGUUUGAAACUGAAAUCGAGAAAAUUCUCAAACUCCAUAUCUUUUGUGAGUUUUGGUGACAUGUUUUUCAAUUCCGAUCCGGCUUCAAAGACCUGCAGGAAAUUGAUCAUAUAUCUAGAGACUUUCAAGGUCAUUCAUCACUAUUCCAAAGUAAAACCAUUGCCUCAAUUUGAUUACAUGUCCCGCCUGGAAAUUACGCUCUUUGCAUCCGAUUUAAAAUGGUUGCCAACUUUUCUUGAGCACUGCCCGAAUCUUAAAUCCCUCGAAUUGGUAUUGGAUCAUCAAUCUAGGAAGAUCUAUUCUAAGGAGAGGAAUCAGAUCAGUUUUUCAGCUGUGCCUCAAUGUUUCUUUUCGUCGCUCGAGUUUGUUGAAAUCACAAACAAUAUCAGGGGAUAUGCUGCAGACAUGUUUCUGAAUCUAGUAAGUUACUUUUUGGAGAAUUCAGCAAUCCUCAAGAAACUGAAUCUACAUUCAUGUUCCAAUGAUCGUGCAUACAAAUAUAUCUUCAAGAAACUCCUGAGCAUCCCAAGACGCUCCCCGGGUUGUGCACUCCUCUUUUCUAGAAAGAACAUGUGA